CAGACAGCAUACAGCCAGCAGAGCUUCAGAGAUGAUGCUACUAUGGAUAUUUCUUUUCUUUCUCUAUAAGAUCUGUCAGGGGACUUCGGUCAACAAAACAUCACAAAUAAUUCAGGAUGUUGGGGUUAAGACGGUUACAGUUGGAGAGAAAGUGACCUUACACUGCUCCUGUGAACAUAGUGAUGUAACUUUCUUUUCUUGGUACCAUCAAAGUCUGGGUGGCAAACCUCGCAUCAUAUUGAGUUGGAUGAAGCACAGCACAGAAGUCAGAUUCUCCCCGGCUUAUAGCACAAGGUUUCAAGUUGUUUCACAAACUCAUAAAGGCUUGAACGAUCUGGUAAUCUCAGACCUUCAGCUGUCGGAUUCGGGGACGUAUUACUGUGGGACUUCAGUGUUCAGUCACAUUGAAUUUGGACACGGAGUUUUUCUUCAUGUCAGAAAGUCUCUGUCCAUCUUACGAUCUGCUGUCCAUCAGCCCGCUGUGGAACGACUGCCACUGGGAGAGUCUGUGAAUUUGAGCUGUUUAGUGUUUGCUCAUCCAUGUGCAGGAGAUCAGAGUCUCUACUGGUUCAGACCUGGUGGGUCUCAGCCUGCAGUCAUGUAUCCCAGCGACAGACAGUGUACAAGCCUCUCUGAUGAAAAGCAUCAGUGGACAAACUGCACUUUCAACCUUGUGAUAGAGUCUGCGAGCUCCUCCGAUGCUGGAACUUACUACUGUGCUCUGGCUUCCUGUGGAGAGGUUGUCUUUGGAAAGGGAACACGGGUUGAGAUUGUAGGUUCCACCACCAUCUCUCCUCUCCUGGUGUAUUUCCUGGGAGCAGCACUGGCAGUUUCCAUCAUUGUGCUACUUCUUUUGGCUUUCAUCUUGUACAAGCUGAAAUCAAAGCUGGGCAUUUGUGAAGGAAGAGUUUCAGACUUGACACGUUCUGCAGCCUCAGACACUGCGGUAGGUCAAAUAAUGUUAUCACAUCAGUGUGUUUGUUACAUGAUUUCCUCAUUGAUUAUCUGUAACCAGCAGAGCCGCGAUGAAGACAGUCUCCAUUAUGCUGCUCUAAGUCUGAAGAGGAGCAGUAAACGACCUCAUCAAGAGGACAACUUGGACAGUGUUUGUGUUUACUCCAGAGUAAAGAGCAGAAAGUAGCGAGGGAUUAACUUCCCGUUUAAAAACAACUCAUCACAU